AUGGCGGCGGCGCAGGGCGCGGGCCCGGCGGGGCCCGGCGGCGGCGGGACGGGCCUCACGGACCUGCCGGGCGAGCUGCUGGAGCUCAUCCUCUGCUGCGACGUGCUGGGCGCCGCCGACAUCGGCCGCGUGUCCUGCACCUGCCGCCGGCUGCGCGAGGCGUGCCAGCCCCGCGGGAAGGUGUGGCGGGAGCGCUUCCGCCUCAGGUGGCCAUCCCUGCUGAAGUACUACAGCCACACGGACGGGGUGAGCUGGCUGGAGGAGUACAAGGCGCGGCACAACGCGGGGCUGGAGGCCCAGAGAAUUGUGGCUUCGUUCUCCAAGAGGUUCUUCUCAGAACACGUCCCCUGUGAUGGAUUCAGUGACAUUGAGACUCUGGGGUGCCCCAGUCACUUCUUUGAGGAUGAGCUGAUGUGCAUCCUGAACAUGGAAGGAAGGAAAGGCCUCACCUGGAAGUAUUAUGCAAAGAAAAUUCUCUAUUUCCUGCGGCAACAGAACAUAUUAAAAAACCUGAAGGAGUAUCUGCAGCGCCCGACUGAGCGACAGUCGUUCCUGGAGGGUGCUGUUUUAAUUGAUCAGUACUGUAACCCCCUGUCAGACAUCUGCUUAAAGAGUGUCCAGGCGCAGGUGGACGAUAUCGCGGACAAGGUGCGCAAAGUCCUGCGGGCCAAAAACCCCCGGCACCCCAGCUUGGCUUCCAAGGCAGGAGAGGUCUGUGUUCCAGAAGUGGAGCUCCAGCGGCAGGUUCUCGAUGCCAUGAACUGUGUCCUGUACGAGCAGUUAAAAUACAAAGGAAACGAGCUGGAUUACUACAACUCCCUGAAUUCAUACAUUCACCAGGUUUUGAUCCGCAGGACAGGAAUUCCCAUCAGUUUGUCUGUGCUUUAUUUAACAAUUGCCAGGCAACUGGGAGUCAAACUGGAACCAGUCAACUUCCCCAGCCAUUUUCUCCUGAGGUGGUGUCAAGGAAAAGAAGGGAGCACAGAUAUUUUUGACUACACCUACAUUGAUGCCUUCGGGAAGGGGAAGCAGCUGACGGUGAAGGAGUGCGAGUACCUGAUCGGGCACCACGUCACAGAGGAGUUCUAUGGAGUGGUGACUUCCAAAGAGGUCCUGCAGCGCAUGGUGGGCAACCUCCUGAACCUUGGCAAGCGAGAAAGCACUGACCAGUCUUACCAGCUCUUGAGAGACUCCUUGGAUCUGUACCUGGCCAUGUAUCCGGACAAUGUGCAGCAUCUAAUGCUCCAGGCUAGGUUAUACUUCCACCUGGGAAUCUGGCCAGAAAAGGUCCUGGACAUCCUGCAGCACAUCCAGGCCCUGGACCCGUCGCAGCACGGGGCCGUGGGGUACCUGGUGCAGCACACCCUGGAGCACAUCGAGCGGCGCAAGGAGGAGGUGGGGCCCGAGGUGAAGCAGCGCUCGGACGAGAAGCACAAGGAGGUCUGCUUCUCCAUAGGGCUCAUCAUGAAACACAAGAGGUACGGCUAUAACUGCGUCAUCUACGGCUGGGAUCCCGCCUGCAUGAUGGGACACGAGUGGAUCCGGAAUAUGAACGUGCACAGCCUCCCCCACGGCCCCCACCAGCCCUUCUACAACGUCCUCGUGGAGGAUGGCUCGUGCAGAUACGCUGCCCAAGAGAACCUGGAAUACAACUCCGAGCCUCGGGAGAUCCCUCACCCCGACAUCGGCCGCUAUUUUUCCGAGUUCACCGGCCUUCACUACCUGGCAAAUACCGAGCUGGAAAUCCGGUACCCGGAGGAUUUGGAGCUCACACGAGCCACGGUUCAGAAGAUCUACAGCUCAGGCAAGGAGUGAGUGCAGAAGGCAGCGUGAGGACAGAAGCAGCUGGAGUGUAGCUUUACCCUCUUGGCAAAACUUGCGUGGAAAGCAAGUUCGGUGACAAUCCUUUGGCUUGAUAAUGCAUUGAAAGCUGCAUUGAACUUUGAAACUGGUGCUACAGCAUCUUCCCCUUGCCUGCCUGCCCCUUCUGGCCCGAGAGGCACAGGGACAUGUUGGCAGUUGAGGCCAAGCAGAAGGAUCUUGCAGGGACAGCCGUGCCAAGGAAGCGCGUGGUCCUUCGGAAGGAUCUGCACAAACUGCUCGUCCUGUGCUUGUCUUGCCUUAGGAGGUCGACACAGUGAGAUCCCUGGUGUGGAACGUGGAAGAACCCCCUCUUCCAGAGAAGGAAGUUGCUUGUCCUUGCAGAACUGUGGGGUUUUUGUUUGGUUGUGUCUGUUUGCUUUGGUUUUUAAUGUAUAUCCCAGGCAGGUGAUAGUUUUUAAAGUCUCUUGCGUUUCCCUGU